GCACUACAGAAACUGCCACUCCUUGUGUAUCUGAACCCAUAGUAAAUGGCGAAACAAGUAAUCCUGAGAAAGGUGGGAAAUACUGUUGGAGGUGCCAAAAAGAAAUGAUUGGACUAACUACAUAUAAACCAGAAGAAAUGACAUCCAAAGAUUAUUACUUUGAUUCUUAUGCACAUUUUGGUAUACAUGAGGAAAUGUUAAAAGAUGAAGUUCGAACUAUGACUUACAGAAAUGCCAUGUACCACAACAAACAUUUGUUUCGUGGAAAAACUGUGUUGGAUAUUGGCUGUGGAACUGGAAUUUUAUGCAUGUUUGCUGCAAAAGCUGGUGCUGCUAAAGUUUAUGGAAUUGAAUGCUCAAGUAUUGUAGAACAUGCUGAACAGAUUGUCAAAGACAACCACCUGGAUGAUACUAUUACAAUCAUAAAAGGAAAAGUUGAAGAAGUUGAACUUCCACAUAAAGGAAAAGUAGAUAUUAUUAUUUCAGAAUGGAUGGGCUAUUGCUUGUUUUAUGAAUCCAUGCUUGAUACAGUCCUUUAUGCCAGAGAUAAAUGGCUGAAACCAGGUGGUAUGUUAUUUCCUGACAAGGCUACCCUUUUUGUUUGUGGCAUAGAGGAUAGACAAUACAAAGAUGAAAAAAUUUCUUGGUGGGACAGUGUAUACGGCUUUAACAUGAGUUGUAUACGCAAGGUUGCAAUUACUGAACCUUUAGUAGAUGUAGUGGAUCCUAAGCAAGUAGUGACCUCCAGUUGCAUACUGAAGGAAAUUGAUUUAUAUACAGUCAAACCUGAAGACGUACCUUUUAAAACACCAUUUCUUCUCUCUGUGCAAAGAGAUGAUUAUAUCCAGGCUUUUGUCACAUUUUUCAAUGUUGAAUUCACCAAAUGUCAUAAACGAAUUGGUUUUUCUACAGCCCCAGGUGCACCUUACACACAUUGGAAGCAGACUGUAUAUUAUUUUGAUGAGUAUUUAACUGUGAAAAGAGGAGAAGAAAUAUAUGGUGUUUUCAGUAUGCAACCUAAUCCUAAAAAUAAGCGUGACCUGGAUUUCUCUAUUGACAUUGAUUUCAAGGGGGAUCUAUCUGAGCUUUGUGGUAGUUUUGACUAUCGUAUGCGGUGAAAUACUAAGAAAAUUUUUCAUAUUUGAUGUUUGUCAUCAAGUCUUUCAUUUAAAAGUAAAAACUUUUUUACCGAGAUGUCAACCUAUAACUUGUGAUGUUUUGUCUUCCUGUUUGAAACAUCUCACUUGUGUUUGAUGUAGAUAAUUUUGAUGUUUCAAGUUUUCAUAGUUGUGACAAUUUUACAUUGCUUGAUUUAAGCUGGCUGCGUACAUUUUAAUCUGCAUUUAUUGUAUGUUGUAUAAAUAUACAAUUUUUGUUCUAUAGUGUACAUAAAGACUUUUCUCAUCUUUUGUUCUUUUUUUUUAAACAAGCUCGUAAUAUUUUUAAAAUAAAAUUGAAAUCUUUAUUACUUU